UGCUAGGAUUUAGAAAACAGAAGAAAAGCUUUUGCGAGUGAAACGUUGGGUGGAUCAUUUUCUUCCAGAAGAAGAGGACGCCCUUGCUUUUUCACUGGCUUAACACAAGCUUUCUCGAGUGCUAUGGAAGCAAAGCCUGUUGUUGUCCACCACCCGUACUGGCCUCGGAAUUUGGAGCUCCAAAAUUACGUCCCAAAUGAUCGACCCUUAUGGCAUAUGCUGACAUUCUUAUUCUCUGCUUCAGGAACUCUCCUGAUACUGGCUUGGUUCAUAGCAGGCUGGCAGAACAAGAGAUCAGGCCUUUUUGGAACCUGGCGCUCCUUGGUCAUUUGCUGGUUUACCAUCUGUGGUUUUAUUCAUGGUGUCAUUGAAGGCUGGUUUUGCCUCUACUACAUGGAAAUCCCAGGGGAUCUAUCUUUUCUCUCACAGCUCUGGAAGGAAUACGCCAAAGGUGACAGCAGAUAUAUCAUAGCUGACAAUUCCAUAGUUUGUAUGGAGACCGUCACUGCCUAUCUUUGGGGUCCCCUCAGUCUUUGGACUGCAGUAGCAUUUCUUUCAGGCCAGUCCCAUCGAUAUGUGCUGCAGCUAGUGGUGUCACUGGGUCAACUAUAUGGAGACAUUCUGUACUUCUACACUGAAUACCGUGAUGGCUUUUGCCAUAGUGAGAUGUGGCACCCGCUCUAUUUCUGGUUUUAUUUUGUCUUCAUGAAUGGCCUGUGGAUUAUCAUUCCCUCUCUUCUCAUCUGGGAUGCCUGGAAACAUCUCAGCGCUUGCCAGAGAGUAGUGGAUGCCAGCAAGUUCAAGGAACAUUGAUCUCUUGCACAGAAGGUCAUAUUGGUACUUCCAGCCAUUCAGAGGUUGAUCUCAUACGUUAUGCUCCUCCUCCUGUCCCUCUGCACUUGUCUAGAUAUUUCCUGUGGUUUCUCCCCCGUUCAGGUUUUAUAUUGAAUUGAUAGACAAACAGCACCAUUGAUGGUGGCCAUUCUCUUCCACUUCUUUAAGUGUUCAUAGCUCUAAGGUUAAGAUUGCAAUUUUGUCUUCAUGUGACUUUGUGGUCAGGAGGUUUUACUUCUAAAUAAAUGUCAUUAGGGUCAGGUGGCUCAGCUAAUACUGUCUUCAUAGUAUAAGUCAGUGUUGAACAGAGCACUGCUACAGACCACGUAGCUUUGUUUCCCUUGAUACCUGGAGCUAUGAUCGCUUAAGCCUGCAGUGAGAGCCCCACAUCUAGUAUUCAUACAACUGGAAUAUGGAGGCUAUGCAGGAAACAUUCAGUCUCUUUCCUGUUCUCAGCGUAGGACCAAGCAGAAGGUAGCGUUACAGGAGUUCACAACUUGUUCCUGUCCAUAUAAAGGGAUUCAACUACUUGCCGUGAAGAUUUUUUCUUCCCAUGUGGAACAAAUAGCUAGCGACUGGCUUGAACUGGGAACUGUCACUCAAGAAUUACAAAUGCUUUGAGGUAGGACAAAGAAGCUAUUAGAUCUCCACACCUGAGCUCUGUCCCUAGGGAACUGCUGGAGUAAGUCCUUAAGGGUGUAGUGGAAGAAUAGUAGAAAAUACUUUGACAUCACCUGUCAUGUUCAUCGUUCCAAUGUACUGAAUACAUCGUAACGUUUCGCAUGUCAUUUUUUUGAUCCGUGUCUCACGUUUGCUGGGAGGGGAUUUUCAGCCAUGCCAGGCUGUAAUCUCCUUACUGUAACUGAGGAAUGUAUGUUUGGGUUAUUGUAUGUGUUCAAGGUUACUUUCUCAGGCUGAUGUGCGAUGGUUGCCAACACCUGGGAGGGGGUGGUUGCUAAGGGGGAGCUUGGGCAGGAUCAGGUUUGAAGCGAGGGUUUUUAGUUUGUAUUUGGCGCGCUGUUGCUCAUUCUCAGCUUUCUUUGUAUUUGCACACUAUUCUUUCAGUAAAACAGUUAUCCUCAAGCACCUGCUUGUGAGACUGAGUCUGUU